AUGGCGGACAAGCUAGAGACUCAACCUCCAGAGGUCACCGUUUACGAGCUCAGUUACCCGGCGCCAUAUGUGCUCCUCGUCACCAUUAAUCGCGAAAAGUCAAUGAAUGCCAUCCAUACCGAUGGCCACUAUGAGGGCGAGAGGCUGUUUCAAUGGUUUGAUGACGAGCCCUCGCUGCGAGUGGCUGUGAUUACGGGCAAGGGGAAAAAGGCAUUCUGCGCAGGCCAGGAUCUGAAAAUGUUGAUGGAGAGGCAACUCUCGGGGGAACAGUCCAACGUGGCUACUCUGCCGCCGACAGGUUUCGGCGGUCUCAGCAGACGCCUCGGCAAGAAGCCGGUGAUUGCGGCCGUCAAUGGAUUAGCUCUAGGGGGCGGCUUUGAGCUGGCUUUGAACUGCGACAUGGUUGUCGCGUCACCCACGGCAACAUUUGGUCUGCCCGAGGUGAAGAGAGGCGUAUGGGCGGGCGCUGGUGGCAUCCCCCGCGUCGUGCGCAUUUUUGGCAUGCAGCUAGCUUCCGAAAUUGUGCUUGCAGCGCGCACACUCACGGCCGAGGAGGUCAGGCACCACGGAUUCGCCCGCAUCGCCGCCUCGCAGGACAGCGUUGUGCCCGAGGCCGUGGCCCUGGCGGAGCAGAUUACCGAAUCGUCACCAGACGCCAUCAUCAUAAGCCGCGCGGGCCUGCGAGAAGCUUGGGAGACGGCCAGCGUCGAGAGGGCCGCGCAAAUCAUGGACGAGCGCUAUAUGCGACAGCUGCUUAAUGGCGAGAAUAUCAAGUUGGGUUUGAUGGCAUUUGCGAGUAAAGAGAAGCCAAAGUGGGUGCCGUCCAAGAUGUAG